CAAGUCCCCUCCCCUACUUUCAACCCCCCACGGGUAGUGUAGCCGAGGUGGCCGAAGUGGUUGGACAAGACCGGCAGCCUAUCCACGCUCCCUUUUCAAUCGUUUCACCGAAAUCGACUGUGAGCGAGAAAGGCGACACGCACCAUUUCCGCCGGUACGACAGCAAUUCCCAUAUCCUCUUGAUCGCAAUCCAGACCACAAUCCAUGAGAUACUCCACGCAAACCUAUAUAUACUGCGACCUCACAGAUCAUCUUGGUGGGCUUCCAAGGAACACAAUGUCCAAGUACAAGUCAACAAAUGGCAAUUGGGUCUCCGUCGCUAGCGGCACCUUUCGAACACAGCGAGUCCACCCUGGAGGGAACGAAUCUGGCGGACUGCACUGGAACGACGAGUUGCGACUCGUCAGGCUGAGGAAAGUGCUCAAUGACAAGAUUAAGACCUACGCGGUGGGAAGAGGCGUUUCCCGAACCAACUACUCUAGCGCAGUCGAAUCUUACCGAGAGAUCGGUGAAGGUGACUCUGCUGGUUGUCUACACCCUGAACCUAGGGGUCUACAUGCCUGGCCGACCCUCCUCAUCGAAUCCGGAUUGUCUCGGUCGAUGAUGGAUUUACGUCGAGAUAUGAGAUGGUGGUUUUCCCGGUUUCCGCAUCAGCUCAUCAGGUCCAGAUUGUCAUUCUCGCAAGGUAUGAAGGUGCUCGAGACGCGAUCAUUUCGGAGAAGUGGGAGGAGGAGAUACAAACAACUCCCCGCCCACUGACGGCGCCCAGGAGCUACUACGGCCCGUCACGCCGUUGCCAAUGCCCUUCAUCCUGUGCUUCAGCAGACCAUCACACAUUACUCACCAUACUAGUACCGAGCCCGCAUCAUAUAAUGUCUCUACUGGUGUUUUGGUUUUGGACUUCAAGCGUUUUUUUCUCCGAGAUCCAGGCCGCCUUGGGUAGGGAGACACUGUCAUCAGUGUCCGGGAUCUAUAGAAGUACGCGGAAAAGGCUUGGUCUUAUUGCAGCAA